AUGUCCGAGACCAAGAACAUCAUUAUUAUCGGAGCAUCUGCGGCCGGCCACACGCUUGCCAACUCCCUUCUCCCCCAUCUUCCGACCACCCACAGGAUCCUCGUAAUCGACGCGAGCGACUAUGCGUACUGGGCGCCAGCUGGUAUCCGUGCAGCCGUCAAGCCAGGAUGGGAGAAGCGCGUCACGGUCCCCGUCUCGACUGAAACUUUCUUCCCUGCCGGCUCGGCGCACCAGGUCAUCGCGCCCAACAAGGUUGUUGAGCUCAAGAAGAACUCGAUCGUGCUGGAGAAGCCAUUCGAGGGGUCUAAGGAGGUGCAAUUUGCGAAAUGUGUUCUCGCCACGGGUGCUCUCCAGCCUGCCCCUAUGCGCGCCGAGCUCGGAUCGAGCAUGGCCGACAUGCAGACUGUUCUGAGGAAGAUGCAGACCGAGAUUGCCCAGGCCAAGAAGGUGGUUGUGAUCGGUGGUGGACCGGUCGGCGUUGAGUUUGCAGGAGAAGUACGCGAGCUGCUCCCUAGCACCAGCAUCACCAUUGUGCACAACCAAUCCCGUAUCCUCAACCCCUCGUCCAACCCCAAUCCCGCGCAAAAGGCUGAAGCAUGGUCCGCUCCUUCCUCUUACCCGAAGCUGUCUACCGCUCUCGAAGCCGAACUCAAGGCGCUCAACAUCGACGUGAUCCUGAACGACCGCGUCGACAUUCCAUCAGGCGAAGCAAGCGAAGGCGCAUGGAAUGGCACCUCGGGCUCACUAGGCGGGGUCAAGACCCUCAAGCUCCAGUCGGGCAAGACGGUUGAGGCGGACUAUGUGUUCGUUUCCGUGGGUAACAAGUCCGGCGCGGGACUGGUAGAGCAGGCAGACAAGGGCGCGAUCGAUGGCAGCAUGGUCAAGGUGGACGAGUUCUUGCGGGUGACUUCCUCAUCUCCUGACUCUAUCCUCUCGGCCGACUACUACGCCAUCGGAGAUGUCUGCAACACACCCGGUUGGAAGACCAGUCAGACCGCAGUCGCUGAUGCCCAAUACGCUGCCACAAGCAUCCUUGCCGAGGUCAAAGGCACCAAGCCGAAGAAAUACGCCCGCUCUCCCAUGCACGCCCUCCUCGUCCCACUAGGCACCUCCCGCGGAGCUGGGUCCAUCACCGUUCCAUACCUCGGAACAUUCAUGGCGCCCAAGAUGGUCGUCGGCUUCAAAGCGAAGGACCUCUUCAUCGGUCAGGCCUUCGUUGGGAUUUUCAAGGGGGCGGAGAAGGUAUCUGUGCCGGAUGUGGCGGCGGCUUAA